AUGCCUCCCAAUUCUCUGCAAGUGAUAUGUGGCAGCACUUUUAAAGGAAUUUGUGAUUCUCUCCGUGGAACAGUUAAAUUUUACAACAUUUGCAUUGAAUCAUCUUUGAAACAAAAAGAAAAAAAGAAGAAAAGGAACAAUGAACCUUCUUUGAUGAAAAAUAUUCUUUCGUGUUGCUUUUGGAAUGGUGGAGUGUUUUUGGCCAGUAUUGUUGGUUUCAAUUAUGUCUUAUUACCAAUUGUGCAGGAAGUGAUUCGUCUCAUUUUUGGUGAAACAAUCUAUGAUGGAGCUGUUUGGAUGUGGAUCAAUCGAAUACUUUCGUGGACUUUCAACACUCUCUGGGUUCUUCCAUUAUUUGUUGUCAGUAAAAUAGUCAAUUGUUUUUGGUUCCAGGAUAUUGCAGACCAAGCUUACAAAACCACUCUUGGCCGUCCACGUCAUCUACCAUUCAGUACAAUGGUAGCUGAUACCUGCUUCAGUAUCUUGCUUCAUCUGAUCUUUCUCAUUCAGAGUAUGUUAGCCAGUCUAAUUCCAAUUGAAGGUAUUGGAAUGUUUAUUGGUCUUUUGCACAUGUCACUUUUAUCUUCAUCCUAUGCAUUUGAGUACAAGUGGUACAACAUGGGUUGGGAAGUUCACCAGAGGGUUUCAUGUGUGGAAAGAAAUUGGCCCUAUUAUUUUGGGUUUGGUUUACCUCUUGCUCUCUGCACUUUGAUGUUUUCUUCCCAACUGGUCAGUGGCUGUGUCUUUUCUCUCUUGUUCCCACUUUUUAUUAUUAGUGCAAAUGAAGCACGAUUUAGAGCUGAAGAUGCUUUUAGUCCCUUUCCUCUGAAGUUGUUCACUCCUUCCGCCCAAUUGACGAACACAAUCUUCCACAUUCUGACAUCCAGAACAAAAAAUUCCAAAAUAUUAAAGUAA